ACGCGAUAGCUUUGUCUUGUCGGUUUGUUGCCUCUCUUUUAUCAUCAUCAUCAACCUUCUUGUAUUCGCUGGCAAAACACUGGCUGAAAAAGCUACUCAGGUAAGACAAAACUCGUGUUUCUAGCCAGCUUUCCUUCGUACGAGGCUGAGCACCCAAUUGUAUUCUUAUUAGAAGCCAAAAAAUUAAUAUCUUUGCAUCCUUUUGUUGUUUAGAAGAUAUAGUUCGCUGUUUCAAUAUUGGGAAAGAGACUUAAACGGCAGUUUAUCCAACGAAAGAGUAAGGUAUUGUAGUAGAGUUUUUCGCUAAUACUGUAUCGAAGUAUUUAGGAGAAAAGACUUUCUUUGGACAAGGAAAAUUAUUAUGAAAUUGUGUGGAACACUGGAACAACGUAAUAUAACCUCAAUUCAUGCAUUACGUUGUUCGUAUAUUUUGAAUAUUUUCUUUAUAUUUCUCGUGAAAUAUGGUAUCAGAAUUCAUCGCUUUUUGUUUAAAAUUGUAGCACGAGUUCACUUGCGAGGAAUUCAUAUCUAUUCCGUGAUGUUUCACCUAUUUAAUACGACUUGUGUUAAUUUUUUGUUUGAUUAAUAUGUUUUGUGUGACGCAGUAUAUUUUCCCUACUUUAUCAUAAAAAAUGUAGAAAAUUUUAUAUAUCUUUAGUGAAAUAUUUAGCUUACAGACACAUGAUUCAGCUGGGUAAUAUUUCUGUAAAAAUUUAACUGUGGUAUUUGGCCGAAAUUGGCCCAUCUCCAAGCCAAAUAUAUUACAAAAUGGGGCUUUAGUGUGGGCCAUGGGGUAGAUAUGAGAAACCAUUAUUUCAUGGACAAUGAUAACCUUCAGCCUGAAAAUCUCUCUUUGAAAUUUAGAGCAAUUACACCCAUCAUCAGUGGAGUCGACUCACUCUAUUAGCCCCACUCACAAGAUACGACUAGUUGUAUACGAUUGUCAUUCUGGCGUAUGGAAGUUUACGACUUCUGACGCCACUAUUUCUGGUGAUCAGUUUACCACGAAAUUUGAAAUGUGUCAUCUUUACACAAAUUUUUUUGAGUACUUAUGCCACGACUAGUCAUAUUGUGUAGACGGGACCUCCAUAAUUCUUCCUUUGAAGAGCCCGUGUUCACAAUUUUAACAAUUACGAUACUGAUGAAGUACCUUGAUCAAAAUGGUGAACUUGAAUGUUUAGUAUGUGCCGUUGUCAGGCAAGAUAGUAACUCCAACACUCUUGCUGAGAACAGCUUUCCUCUAACACUACAGAUGUGGAGUCUGGUAGAAAUACCCUAAACUUCCUAAUAUAAGCCCUGGGCUUAUAGUUGUUUAUAAGUAUUUUUUGAUGGGCUUAUACAUGGGUGGGCUUAUACAUGGACAACAUUUGGUGUUAGUAAUAAUAUUUAUUGCAGCUGUAAACUACAGUAUACUGUGAACAAAAAGAAAUAUAAACAUACAGUGUAUUAUAUAUAGUCUAUACUUAAAGAUGUGGUACUAUCCGUAUGUAAACAAAGGCUUUGUUUACAUUUCGGUAUCCAAAAUAUUGAAUUUUAUUCGACAACUAUUUAUAUUUUCAUGAUUCUAGAGUAUAACAAAUUAUGAAGACACAACAAUCAAGCUUUGCAAGAACAUAAAAUGAAAUAAAAACCUAAAUAAACUGUUAGUAAAUAACAAGAGGGCUCCUUUGUGCACAUGCGCAGAUCGGACUGUACCGCAUAUUUAAAACAAGUUGGUUAAUUAACAUAUUGUGGUACUGUAAUGUAAUUAUUGUCACUCUUCUGAGCUGUUGGAAUCCCCAUCACUGCGUUAAUAAAUACCUGUAUAAUAAUAAGCCCAAGGGCUUAUACACAAGGCCAGGGCUUAUAUUCAGGUGGGCUUAUAUUCAGGUGGUCUUAUAUUCGGAGAAAUGCCAUUUCCGGUAUCAAAGUGGUUUUAAUUAAGUAUUUAAACCCUUUAACUGGCAAUGCGUCCGCCUUUAAGUGGCAAUGAUGUACCCUACUUUAUAGUUUAUUAUUUUACUCUGUCUAACACCAGAUGAUUUUACUCAUCAAGCUGCACCUCAAUAGGUUAAUCUAGUUAUUUUUAGGCCAAGAAUUAUCGACAUAAUUUACAUGAUUUGGAUGAUAGGCUCCUAUCCAUUUUUUGUUUCCAUCCUUUAGUGUCUUUUAUGACUACAAUACCUGUAUCCCUGGUUAUGCAUGGUUCAAUUCUUCCUAUAACCAUCCCCCCCGGCCACCGCCAGGAAUUUGCAGAUUUUUUAUUUCAAAAGUGUAAAUUCCCCACCCCCGGGCAAAUAAAAAAGACAAUUCCCCACCCCGGGGACAAUAUUGGCUAUUGCGUUCGGUUUAUUUUCAUGAUCAGUAUACUAAAUAGUGAGCUUAUAGGAAAGUGAAGUUUUGACAAAAGGAUAUCGCCCAAAAGUUAGCUGAUGAAUACUAAACUUUGGUGGUGUUUUUCGUUAUAACUUUUGUAUAGGAAAGUAAUAGAAUUAAAGAACCUCUGGUUUCUUCGUCAGAAAAAUUAA